AUAUUGGAUAAGAACAAGUAAAGAGAUUAGACCCCCCACCACCACCUCUUUAUAAACAAGUCUCAACAUAUCGUAUUUUGUUCAAGAUAUAUAUUAUUUGAGCAAAUGGGUUCUCUAAUGGCAGGAUGGCAAUCACCCGCCCUUGAUCCAAAGUCAGCGGCACUCAAGAGGAACUCUUCAUUAACGAGAGGAGAGAUUGACGCUUACUGGAGAGAAAAGAAGAAAGUAGAGGAAGAACACUUCGGAGCCAUUUCUGAGAUUUCAGAUGGUGUUCAGGAAAGUGCGUUUGUUGACGCCGGGAAAAGGUUUGAGAGGUCGAACUCCGCGCCUUCCGGAAAUAGAAAGGAGGAUUUCAAGGACAUGAAAACGGAAACGAGCUUGGAGAAAAUCAUCAAGAAAAGUGGAUGGUGGACUAGGAGCAACUCGGCCUUUCUGAACGAGCCACCUCUACAUGAAGGUGCUUCCAACACUUACACGUCGCAGCUCCACGUGGCUAGCUUGGGCCAAUCGAAAUGAGGAGGCAGUGAGAUGGAAUUAUUAAUUACCUAAUAUUUCUCAAGUUCAAAUACAGAAUAUUGUCUGUGUCAUAUGUGUUUCUCACUAGUUGUUGUUCCACCAUAUGCCACUAAAGGCUAAAGCUUAGAUUUAUUUUUAUUUUUUGUAUAUAUCGGUUUAAUUUGGUUUUUCAGGCUUGUAAAGGAAGAGGCAAUUGUAUUUCUAUUUUCUUAGGAAUGGUUAUGCGUUUGUAUGUCACGUCAUCUACGUUUUAGUGAGUAAAGGUUAAUUUGUAAAUAAGAUGAGUGUCGUAUGAAUGAUAAAAACUUUACAUUUUA